UAAAGUGAGGUUUGUUUAUUUAUUUACUUAUUCUUUAGUGCUAUGGUUUUGUGGUAAUUUGCUGCUGAGAGUGUUCAGAUGUCUGGUCCAGUUCAAGUAGUGCUCACUUCAGCGAAUGUGGGGCCUGGUGCAGACGUCUCACCCUUUCUGCAUUCAACUUUGCUGCAGACAGUGGAUUGAUGGAUGGGCCACAGUGCCUAAGAGUAGUCUCUGAGUGCUAAAGAGACAAAAGGGGAAGCUAGUUUGCAAAUGAGAAUGUACAGGAGACUGCCCUGAGGAGGCAGGGCUUGCAUUACACUCCUUCCACCUAAAGCCUAUCAUUUGGGAUGACUUAUUUCCUACUACAGUAGACAUCCCCCAUCCACGGUUUUGCUUCCCGCGGUUCCAGUCGAGGUCAGAAAUGGAAAAUUCCAGAAAUAAACAAUUCGUAAGUUUUAGAUUUCUUUCUCUGUUCCGGUUAGAGUGAUGAGGUCCUGCUCUGUCCCACUGGGAUGUGAAUCAUUCCUUUGUCCAGUCUUUACACACUUACAUGCCACCAGCGGCUUGUCAACUCUUUUGGUAUACAAUGCUGGUGUUCGACUAACACUUACUUUCCUUAAUUAUGGCCCUGAAGGGCAAGAAUAGUGAUGCUGGCAAUUUGGAUAUGCCAAAAAGAAGCCGAAAAGUGCUUCCUUUAAGUGAAAAGGUGAAAAUUCUUACUUAAUAAGGAAAGAAAAAAAUCCUAUGCUGAGAUUGCUAAGAUCUACAGUAAGAACGAAUCUUCUAUCCGUGAAAUUGUGAAGAAGGAAAAAGAAAUUCGUGCUAGUUUUGCUGUUGUAUCUCAAACUCCCAAUGUUACUGCCACAGUGCAUAAUAAAUGCUUAGUUAGGAUGGAAAAGGCAUUAGGUUUGUGGGUGGAAGACAUGAACAGAAAAUGUGUCCCCGUUGAUGGCAGCAUGUUGCGCCAGAAAGCACUGAGUCUGUAUGAACAUUUCAGCAAGGGAUCCUGUGAAAGGAGUGACACCAAGCCUUUUACUGCAAGUAAGGGAUGGUUACACAGAUUCAGGAAUAGGUUUGGACUGAGAAAUGUAAACACUGCAGAGGCUGUGCCUGCUGUUGGAGAAGCUGCUGCCACAUUUCCGGCAGAGUCGAAGUUGAUCAAGGAGGAAGGGAUCAUGGCCCAAGUAGCAAAGUCUGGCCUGCCGGUUGAGGAUGAGGAGUCUUCGGAGAACAGGAUGGUGGGGACAUUUCUCAUGUCAGCUCUUGAGUCCAUGUGUAAAGAACUAGCCAAGUCCAAGGCAGAAGUGGCCUGCAUCGCAGUGUAUGAAACAGAUGUGUUUGUUGUUGGAACUGAGAGAGGACGAGCUUUUGUCAACACCAGAAAGGAUUUUCAGAAAGAUUUUGUGAAAUACUGUGUUGAAGAAGAGGAAAAGGCUGCAGGGGUGCAUAAAAUGAAAUCUACAACCCAGGCAAAUCGGAUAAGUAUAGAUGCUGUAGAGAUUGAAGCACUCAGAAAAACUGUUGAGGACUAUUUUUGCUUUUGCUAUGGGAAAGCUUUAGGAAAGUCAACCGUGGUGCCUGUUCCCUAUGAGAAGAUGCUGCGAGAUCAGUCGGCUGUGGUGGUGCAGGGGCUUCCAGAGGGAGUUGCCUUUAAACACCCUGAGAACUACGAUCUUGCGACUCUGAAGUGGAUUUUGGAGAACAAAGCAGGGAUUUCAUUUAUCAUUAAGAGACCUUUCCUGGAGCCAAAGAAGCACCUAGGUGGUUGUGCGAUGGUAACAGAUACUGAAAGGUCAAUGCUAUCUCCAGGUGGAAGUUGUGGCUCCAUCAAAGUGAAAACUGAACCCACAGAAGAGUCUGGUAUUUCCUUGGAAAUGGCAGCUGUGACAGUGAAGGAAGAAUCAGAAGAUCCUGAUUACUAUCAGUAUAACAUUCACGGCCCUUCUGAAACUGAUGAUGUUGAUGACAAGCUCCCCCUUUUGAAGUCUUUGCAAGGAAGCCAUCAUUCUUCAGAGGGUAAUGAAGGAGCAGAAAUAGAAGUACCAGCAGAAGAUUCUACUCAACAUGUCCCUUCAGAAACAAGUGAGGACCCUGAAGUUGAGGUGACAAUUGAAGAUGAUGAUUAUUCUCCACCUACCAAGAGACCAAAGAGCAAUGAGCCGCCCCAGCCGCCAGUCACCGAACCUGCCAAUGCUGGAAAACGGAAAGUGAGGGAGUUCAACUUUGAGAAAUGGAAUGCUCGAAUUACUGAUCUACGCAAACAAGUCGAAGAGUUGUUUGAAAGAAAAUAUGCUCAAGCUAUAAAAGCCAAAGGUCCUGUGACGAUCCCAUACCCUCUUUUCCAGUCACAUGUUGAAGAUCUUUGUGUAGAAGGACUUCCAGAAGGGAUUCCUUUUAGAAGGCCAUCUACUUAUGGAAUUCCUCGCCUUGAGAGGAUAUUACUUGCAAAGGAAAGGAUUCGUUUUGUGAUUAAGAACCCUACGAUGCCACCCAAACGUCCUGCACCUUCUAAGGCUUCUGGCAGUGAACCCAAGCGCCAGAGGAAUAUGCUUACCAUCAAAGAAAAGGUGGAACUUCUGGACAUGUUAAAGGAAGGCAAAAGCUACGCAGCUGUAGGCCGCCAUUACGGGAUCAACGAAUCUACUGUUCGCUACAUAAAGAAAGACGAGAAGAAUAUUAGGUCUACAGCAACAAUGACUUUUAACAAAACUGCAAAAAGGGUGGUCACUUCCCGCAAUAAGGCCAUUGUGAGGAUGGAGUCUGCAUUGGCCCUGUGGAUAAAUGACUGCAGGAAGAAGAAUAUCUCACUGGAUACCAACACCAUCAGGAUGAAAGCAAAGAAACUUUAUGAUAGUUUUGCGGAAAGCACGGAUGUUCACAACCGUGAUGAAGAUGAAGAUGACAACACAAAAACAGGACUGUCGAGUGCUUCUCCCACCAGACCAACCCCAUUCAGUGCCAGCACGGGCUGGUUUUACAAAUUUCAGAGACGCUUUGGACUCAGCAUUUCUCUGCAUGGAGAAGCUGCCUCUGCAGAUGAAAAGCAGCACCAGCAACUCCCCACAACUAUGUUCAUCGCUCGGAUGAAGAGAUCAGUUACGUGUACACCUUCAGCGGAAAUAGAAGUUACAGCCCAGGGUGAAGAUACUGCACCACCUGAUGAAGCGCCUGACAAAGUGGACUUGCGGCCCGAGGAGAGACCUGUGGAGGGCAGCCAUGGCAAUGUGAUCCGGCCCCUGCGGAAGCAGGUGGAGCUGCUCUUCAACACAAGAUACGCCAAGGCCAUCGGCAUCUCGGAGCCCGUCAAGGUGCCCUACUCCAAGUUCCUGAUGUACCCAGAGGAGCUGUUUGUGGUGGGGCUGCCUGAAGGCAUCUCCCUCCGCAGGCCCAACUGCUUCGGGAUUGCCAAGCUCCGGAAGAUCCUGGAGGCCAGCAACAGCAUCCAGUUUGUCAUUAAGAGGCCUGAGCUGCUCACCGAAGGAGUCAAAGAGCCCAUCACGGACAGCCAAGAGAAUUAUGACACCAGACUCUCCCGGAUUGACAUCGCCAACACGCUGAGGGAGCAAGUGCAGGAUCUGUUCAAUAAGAAAUACGGGGAAGCCUUGGGCAUCAAGUACCCCGUCCAGGUCCCCUACAAGCGCAUCAAGAGUAACCCCGCAGUGAUCAUUGAGGGGCUACCCCCAGGCAUUCCGUUCCGAAAGCCCUGUACCUUUGGCUCCCAAAACCUGGAGAGAAUCCUCGCAGUGGCUGACAAGAUCAAGUUCACAGUCACCAGGCCUUUCCAGGGACUCAUCCCAAAGCCUGAUGAAGAUGACGCCAACAGACUCGGGGAGAAGGUGAUCCUCCGGGAGCAGGUGAAGGAGCUCUUCAAUGAGAAAUGCGGUGAGGCCCUGGGCCUGAUCCGGCCAGUGCUGGUCCCUUACAAACUGAUCCGGGACAGCCCAGACGCCGUCGAGGUCACGGGCCUGCCUGAUGACAUCCCUUUCCGGAACCCCAACACGUACGACAUCCACCGGCUAGAGAAGAUCCUGAAGGCCCGGGAGCAUGUCCGGAUGGUCAUCAUCAACCAGCUGCAACCUUUUGCAGAAAUCUGCAAUGAUGCCAAGGUGCCAGCGGUGUCUGGAAAGCUGAGACAAUGGCCUCGGCAUCCAGUGUCAGCAACCUUUUCUCCCACCAGCCAAAGACAGCAGCAUCCCCAAGCGCAAGAGAAAGCGUGUCUCCGAAGGAAACUCGGUCUCCUCUUCCUCCUCGUCUUCCUCUUCCUCAUCCUCCAACCCAGAGUCCAUGGCCUCCACCAACCAGAUCUCACUCGUGCAAUGGCCAAUGUACAUGGUGGACUAUGCCGGCCUGAACGUGCAGCUGCCGGGACCUCUGAAUUACUAGACCUCAGUGCUGAAUCAGGACCUCAUUCAGAAAGACUAAAGGAAAUGUAAUUUAUGUACAAAGUGUAUAUUCGGAUAUGUAUUGAUGCCUUUUAGUUUUUCCAAUGAUUUUUACACUAUAUUCCUGCCACCAAGGCCUUUUUAAAUAAGUUAAAAAAAAAAA